AUGACCGUCUUAUUGAAGAAGCUUGGUCAGCUCAAUGCUGGGAACGACCUACCUCCAAGAACGAAAUCGAUGUUGAUAGGGACUGCCUACAGCUUUUUGAAGAAGAAAUUUUUGAAGUUUCGGCGCGUGCCGGGGUUGCAGGACACUGCCAGUGGGGACUCGAUGUGGGACCACAUCAAGAUGGGUGGAACCCAUACGGUGGACUUCCAGAUUACUUCAACUUUGGUGAUCGAGAAGGGGAUGACAGUGAACUCGAG